UUAGAUUUCUGUCUCUCUUUCCACAUCCUAUUGCAGGAGUCAAGACAAAAAUCCAGCUCCCCUCUCCCUGGUUGCACUAUGUCCAUUGACCCAGCAUCCGAGCUGCCUUUUUUCUACGGCAGCAUCAGCCGCUCAGACGCUGAGCAGCACCUGAAGCUGGCCGGGAUGGCCGACGGGAUCUUCUUGUUGAGACAGUGUCUGCGCAGUCUGGGAGGCUACGUUCUGUCCGUGGUGUGGAACCUGGAGUUUCACCAUUACCCCAUAGAGAAGCAGCUCAACGGGACUUACUGCAUCACAGGAGGGAAGCCUCACUGUGGGCCUGCGGAGCUCUGUGAGUUUUACAGCAAAGACUCUGACGGGCUGGUGUGCACCCUGAGGAAACCCUGUCUGCGCGCCCCAGAGACCCCGAUACGGCCCGGCGUGUUUGACAACCUGAGAGAGAACAUGUUGAGGGAGUAUGUGAAGCAGACCUGGAACCUGGAGGGAGAGGCCAUGGAGCAGGCCAUCAUUAGCCAGGCUCCUCAGCUGGAGAAACUGAUCGCCACAACAGCCCACGAGAAAAUGCCCUGGUAUCAUGGUAAAAUUACCCGCCAGGAGGGUGAGAGGAGACUUUACAGUGGAGUACAACCAGAUGGCAAGUUUUUAGUGAGAGACAGAGAUGAGUCGGGUACUUUUGCUCUCUCCACGAUGUAUGGAAAAACUGUUUACCACUAUCAGAUCCUCCAAGACAAAUCGGGGAAAUACUCAAUGCCAGACGGAACAAAGUUUGACACAAUCUGGCAGCUGGUUGAGUACUUGAAGAUGAAGUCUGAUGGCCUGGUGACUGUUCUUGGAGAGGCAUGUGUUAACGCGAAAGCUGCUGCUGAAAAGACACCCAAUCUACCUGCCGUCAGGCGAGCGUUCACAAACGGAUACACACCGCCACCCAGAGCAGUAACAGUGCCUGCAGACCGUGACGUUCUGCCGAUGGACUGCAGUGGAUUCAACCCAUACCACAACCCCAAUGAAGUGAGAAGGUUUAACAUUAAGAGGGACCAGCUGCUGAUCGAUGAAGUGGAGCUCGGCUCAGGGAACUUCGGCUGUGUCAAGAAAGGAGUCCUCAAGACCGACUCGGGCCAGAUUGAUGUGGCCAUCAAAGUGCUGAAGAGCGACAACGAGAGGCUGAGGAGCGACAAUGAGGAGAUGAUGAGGGAGGCAGAGAUCAUGCACCAGCUCAGUAACCCCUACAUCGUCCGCAUGAUGGGUCUGUGCAACGCCGAAAACCUGAUGCUGGUCAUGGAGUUAGCCUCUGCCGGACCUCUCAACACAUUCCUCUCCAACAACAAGGAUACUGUAAGUGUAGAGAACAUUGUCAACCUGAUGCACCAGGUGUCUGUGGGGAUGAAGUAUCUGGAGGAGAAGAACUUUGUGCACAGAGACUUAGCAGCUCGUAAUGUCCUGCUGGUCAACCAACAGUUUGCAAAGAUCAGUGACUUUGGGCUCUCUAAGGCCCUGGGAGCAGAUGACAACUAUUACAAGGCUCGUUCUUCAGGUAAGUGGCCGUUGAAGUGGUACGCUCCCGAAUGUAUUCAUUUCCGCAAAUUCUCCAGUAAAAGUGACGUGUGGAGUUUUGGCAUCACCAUGUGGGAGGCUUUCUCUUACGGAGGGAAACCUUACAAGAAACUAAAAGGAACGGAUGUUGUGCGCUUCAUUGAUGCUGAUAACCGCUUAGACUGUCCAUCAGCAUGUCCAGAGAGAAUGUAUACAGUGAUGAAAGAAUGCUGGACGUACAAGCACGACGAGCGUCCUGACUUCAAGAAGGUUGAAGAGUACAUGAGGUCUUACCAUUACUCCAUAUCGAACAAGGCCAAGUCUGAGGAAGCUGCAGCCGCCGCUGAGCCUGUCAAAUAGAGACAGAAAACAAGGCACAUACUGUCCAAGUGCUGCACAAAGCAUCCUUUCAACCAGCCAUUAAACAACCAAAACAAAGAGCUUUUUAUGAAUGCUGCACACUGACCAGCUUCAACUACACAACCACUGCAGCUAAACAGGCCUCAGAGACAAUAAAUGUGCAUUUGUAAGUUGGACUUAAGUGUGUUCACCAUGUGAAGAGAAUUUCUGUCUGUCAGUUGUGAUUUGAAUGUUAAGUAUUGACGUCUUUCCAUUGAUGAAUGAUCUAAUUUUGUAUUCUGGUAUUUUGGAGUAUAAUAAUGAGAGUGUGUAGGAAGUACAAGUGCAAAUAUAUAUGUCAGUAUAUAUGACAAAAUGUAGGAGUUCAUUGUUUUUUAUGCCAAUAAAAAGUAUAUAAA